AAGAUCUUCACUUUGUUAUUCUCUUUAAGACUAAAUAAACUGCAACAGCAGCAUAGAAACUGUUUAUAAAAAUGUUUAAACUUAUGUUACAGAAUUUGACACCGUUGUUUCAGUAGUUUGAAGAGUAGUGUUUGGCUGAAAUAAAAAUAGCUCCAAGUCUGCCUGUGUUGGCCAUGAAGAACAGCAGAAUUGGCAGCAGUUCAUGGCUUUUUCAGAACACUAACGUCGAGCACCGCAGCCUCACCACAGUAUCAGAUAUGUUUUUCUAUAUUUGCACUGCUUAGGCAACAAACUGUUGACAAGAGAAAGUGCAUUAACCCAUGGAGCCGUUUUCCUGUCUUACAUAUCUAAUGUGAUUUUACUGUAGCAGCAGAUCAGACCAGCACAACAUUCAGAGGUGUUUACGUCCAUUGCUUCCACAGAAGUGGUUAAAUUCAGACAUAUUUUUUGGAUGUUAAUAACUCAACAUAUCUGUAAACCAUAGAGAUGAUUGUGUGUGAAAAUCAUAGAUAUCCAAAAAACUCAACCAUGCCAUUCAAAGUCACAAAAAUCCCCUUUCUUCCUCAUUCUGAUUCUCAGUUUGAACUUCAGCUAGUUAUCUUGAUCAUAUCUAUGUAGCUAAAUACAUUGCUUUGCUGCCGUGGCUUUGUAUUAACAAGCAUUUAAAUGGAUUUUACCCAAUGAAGUGGCUGGUGGGUGUAUAAUACAUUCUCUGCACAGCAUUUAUCUCACUUUUCAGCAGGUGAGGUUGUACAGCCAUGUCCUCUCCAGAGAUCAGCUCUCUCUCCUGGGGCCACAUGAAGGUGAAGGGGUGCUCUUCCAACUACAAGGACUGUAAAGUCUGGCCUGGAGGCAGCAGGACCUGGGACUGGAGAGAGACUGGAACCAAUCAUUAUCCAGGAGUUCAACCUGCUGAUCUGGAAGAGGUGCUAAAGAAGGGAAUAAACCAGUUGGUGAUUGGCAGAGGCAUGAGUGAAGCUCUGCAGGUUCCCUCCACCACUCUGGACUAUGUGAAGCAGAAAGGCGUAGACGUCAUAGUCUUGCAGACAGAGAGGGCUGUGGACGAGUACAACAAGCUGGCCAACCAGGGCGUGAAGGUGGGCGGAGUCUUCCACUCCACCUGUUAAUGCUCCAUCUUGCUGCGUUGACAGAGGCCUGUCAUGCACUGUUCUGCCAACCUCAUCAUCAGUUACAGACACUGAUUUAGAAACAUCUGCUUUUUGAACUCUGACACUGAUUUUCAGUUAAGAUCAUGUCAGCUGCAACAAAGAAAAGCUCAGGCAACUCCAAAAGCAAUCAGAAAUCUUACUGCACAGUUGUGUAUUUGAUUAUAGCUUUGUUUACUUGCUCUGAUAAACGGUAAGAAACUCUGGGAUAAAUUAAAGGUUCACUUUGAAUCAAAUCAGUGAUUAAAUGUGCACCUGUGAGCUGUUUUUUGUAGACUCCUGUGCCUUUAAAUGGGGUCUUGUUUCUUGUGUUCAUGAGAUGAGUCCAUUUGAAUCAUAUCAAUGUAUGACAUUGUAGGUGAAUCUGAGGUCUUUGAGAUUCCUGUUGAGUUUAAAUUUGUUUCCCUGUGGGUUAUUUUUGUCCUGUUUGUAUUUCUUACAUUCAGAUAACUUUAGUUGCAUGCUAGGCAUCACUUCUGUUGUCCAACAUGGAUGUUUUCAUUUGAAUGCAUGUGUCCGUCUUUUAAACAUUACUCCACAGUUCGCCUGGUUUUGUUGUAACAUCAUUUUUCAUUAGGUGAAAAUGUGUGUGUGCUUGUUUGAUACAGACAAUAAAAUUCAUCACAUUU